CAAUUGCGCACGCUCUGGACCCGCCCACCAGGCGAGCCUUGAUAUAAAAGGCAUGCCCGGCUCCGUUCCACCUCUAGAGGAGGCUCCGGCAAGGGGCGAGGAGAGAGCGUUAUUACUGCCGACGAGUGUAAUAGUUAAAAAAACAAGAAAGUUGUGAAACUGCAGUUUCAUCUUCAGGGGGCAACAAUGCAAACUGCAAAGCCCAGGAUGGUGGUUCCGUAUGGCCUUAAGACUCUGCUUGAAGGAGUGAGCAGGGCUGUUCUCAAAGCCAGUCCCCCCAACAUCACCGAGUUUGCAGCUGUCUAUUUCAGAGAAUUGAUACUUUUCCGAGAAGAACACCCCGAUAUGGACAUUAAAGAUCUGGUGAGAGAAUUUCAUACCACAAGAGUGGAAGGAUGGGCCGAAGGAGCAGGCGGAGCACAGCCAAUGCCCCGUUCCAAAAGGGCGGAUGUGGGAGAUGCAUUCCGUUCAGACCUGGACACAAUGACCCCGGUUUCUGACGAACCCAAACGGAAGGAGAAGUCGACUGACACAGAAGAGGACCAGAUAAGCGAAGAACCUAAACGUGAACUGAGCACCAAGACUACCCAAUAUCCAUCCACUGUUGACGAAUUUGUACAAAAGGCUGAGGAUGAAAAGGGAGCUGGACUUGCCUAUAUCCCAGCCGAUCCAGCCCAGCUAGCUACACAGAUGCUAGGUAACAUUGAAAUGGUUGGUUCUGAACCUGAAUUGAAGGAUGUGGCAAUCUCUGUGCAGACCCUUCCUAAGAUGUCCCACAGUUCAGAGGACAUUGGAGCUGCGGUAGCACCUGCGCCACUAGCGCCUGCGCCGCCAGCCCCUGCCCUGGCCCCUGAACCUGGCCCAGCAGAAGCAGCUGCUGAAGAAGAAGGAUCUGUCCUCGAAGCAGAACCUGCUGCCGCCCCAGAAGCAGAACCAGAACCAGAGCCAGAACCCGCCCCAGCAGAACCAGAACCAGAGCCAGAACCCAUCCCAGCAGAGCCAGAACUGGAACCAGAACCCACCCCAGCAGAAGCAGCACCUGCAGCUUCUGCCCACUCUCUCAGGGCUGGGUCGGCCACUCAGAGUCACACCUCCGUUCCCGGGGAAGCAGUGACCUCAGGCAGUCAGGCUGAGCUCCCACCAGCUGACUUAGUCGAUCCUGCUUCCUCAGACCCCUUGCAGGAAGAACCCCCGCCAGCACCACCACCUCCUCCCGAUAAAGAUCCAUUGCAGGCUGAGCCUUGUCCGAGCGAAAUUGAUAUCAUGUCGGACUUACGUAUCACACCCAUGUGCGAUGAUGACCCAGAGGCUGGUGGAGAGCCCCUGCCACCACCUUACGUAGAGCAGUUUCCGCAGCAUAUAGUCAUUCCUUUCGUAGACACGGUAGCAUGUCUCUUAGAUCCGCUUACGGCUUCACUAAAUGCAGGCCAGUUAACUAGUAUUUUAGAUCCAUCUGCAGAUGAUGCAGAAUGUGACCCUGACAGGAUGGACACUUCAGAGCAACUGAGAUCAGCUGACCCAGGUUUUAUUAUGUCAGCCAUGGCAACAAGCGAACCAGGACAGCCACCACCAUAUUCUAAUGUGUGGACUCUCUAUUGUCUAACUGAUUUGAAACAACAAGGUCGUAAGUCACCACCACCACCACAACCACCGCUUCCAUCUGUUGGAACUGGUGUGCCUGUUCCCCAGGCAACCCUAUUCAUAUCUAGUGGUAAGGACCAACCACAGUAUCUACAGCCGCAGAUGAUACAACAAGGUCAACCACCACAAGUGUCCUCUCCAACUUAUGUGAUGAUGGAAGAAGGGAAGAAGGGAAAUGCACCACCUUUCAUUUUAGUGGGAUCAUCUGUUCAGAAUAAGCAGGACUGGAAACCCAUCCCUGGCCAUGCUGUCCUUACACAACCGGAUGCUGCUGGUACUGUGAGGAGGUUCGCCACCAUACCUGUGCCCGUCGCUAGGCCCGCAGAUCCAAAAACGGCCAACCCCAAUACAAACUCUGCACAGGAUAGCGGCAGGCCUCCAACUCCAGUUUUUCUUUCAGUUGCCAUACCACUGGAAGAUGUGAUGAAUGGGAAGAAGGGCUCAGGCGCUGGGGAUAAAGCACCUUUUGCAGGCAGCUAUGGCAUAGCAGGAGAGAUCACAUUUACGACUGCCUCAGUACGCAGGACAGAAUAGCAAAAAGAUUGAGAAGAGGUGCUGUCCAACAUUUCACCCCAGAAUGGAAACCUGCAUCUUUAAUUAAAAUAUUCAUUAACUUGUACAAGCAAUAAAGCAAUGCAAGCCAUCUGA